AUGGGGUGCGUCUCAUCGAAGGUGGGGCAAAGGCCGCCGGAUCAAGUAGCUGGGCAUGAGGCGAACAAGAGUGCAGGAGGUCAAGAAGAGGCACGAGAGGAGUCGCGGCCAGCAUUGCCUGUGGUCGGACAAAUCCAACCAGCAAGACCCGCACAGAGCAAGAAUACGGAAAAUCGUAACGUCCAGGGCAAAGCAGAACACCAUCGCAGCGGGGAAAAUCCUCGGGCUAAAGGGGGCGAAUGGGAGGAGGAAGGCGAAACUAUCACAGACGUCAGUGGCCUGCAGAUGCGCACACCACGAACUUGCGCCGAUCCUGGCCUGUACGCCGCUGCCAAAAACGGAGAUCUGCCCCUUGUACAGAUGAUUCUCAGUAGCAACACCGGUAGAGGUGCUGCUGCGGUGGAUGCUGGAGACGAUGGAACGAUGUACCAAGAUAGGCCUGAGCCAGACGGUGCCGUCCCAAGCUCGAAGGUCGCUGAUCUCGACGAACGGGGGAUGUGGGGGAAUACCCCUCUUAUCGUAGCGACUCAGUACGCUCAUCCAGACAUUGCUCUCGCUCUUAUUGCUGGAGGAGCAAACGUAACCCUCGAGAAUGAGCGACAAGCGACCGCUCUCCACUUCAGCUGCGCCGAAGGGUCUGUUGGUGUUGUUUCAGCGCUGUUGAACAACGGGGCCAACGUCGACCCUUCCGUAGCGACCGUGCACCACCCAGGGGUGAAUGGGGGACAAACCAUCCCUCUGACUCCGCUUUCGGCCGCCGCGACUGGUGGAUAUACGGAACUUGUGAGACUGCUAGUUCAACACGGGGUGGACAUCAACCGAAGGGUGGCGCCUGUGGGGUCAGACGGGAAGGAAAGAAGAUCUAGUUUUUUGGGCACCGAUGGGAUAGGUGGGUCAGCAUUGACCGCAGCGGCGCGAUAUGGGCACACGGAAACUUGUUUCCUUUUGGUCGACAGUGGAGCAAACCUGUUGUUGGAGGAUUGGAAUUCGCGAACGCCGCUUCUUCACGCAAUUCUCGGUGGACAUGAGCAAACGGCGAUGGCGUUGCUAGAUGGAGCGAGAUCAGUUGGGUGUGUCAGUCAGCUGGUGGGGGCAUGCUCACCAGAAACUGGGGGUGCGACGUCUUCGGGGCUGGCCCCCCUCCAUGCCGCUUGCGACAAGGGAUUGCAAGAUGUUGUCAGGGCUUUGGUCGCCGCCGGGGCUAAGGUCGAAGAGAAGGAUGUGGCUGGGGCAAGCGCUCUUCUUCAUGCGUGUAGAAAGGGGCGACUGGAGUGUACCCGAGAGCUGUUGUCGAAGGGGGCGGACCCUAUGGCCGCGGACAGUGAGGGAGACACCCCUGUUUCAGUCGCCCGCAGCAGAAGAGAUCAACCGGGGGGGGAAGAGAUCCUAAGCCUACUUGAGGCAGCGGUAGCCGAUGAUGAACAUCGAGAUGGUCGACUAGGCUCGGACGGGUCUCGCCGUGCACUAGGAGCGAAGAUCAAUGACGUUAACAACGGGGAGGACGAAGGAUGCGAUGUCCUCACUGAUGGAAGCCAACGAGAGAAGGAGGACGGAAACGAAGACGAAGAAGAUGUGUUCCUUGUGUCCGACUGGGAUCCCGAUGGGGAGGACAUAUUCGACGACAACUGCAACGUUGCUGAGAGAUGCGGCCAAUCACGGCAGAGCGAAAACGUAGAAAACCUCCCAGAACCCGCUGCAGUCAAUGCCGACGAAAACGACGACGAGGAUGAUGUCCUUCUGGUGGGAGACUACGACUCUCAACUGGAAGAAGAGGAAUUUUUGGACGUGUGUCCGGCGGCGGAUGAGCGGGAGGAUGCGACUGUGGGUACGCGGGAGAAUAAACAACUAAGUCAGGGUAGUGAUGCUCUACCGCGGAGAAGAUCACAAUCUCUUAUAGAAGGAAGACGCGCAGAUGGUUCGGCACCACAGGACGGUACCGAGAGCCAAGCGCAGGCGAUCAAAGACCUUCAUCGCCCGCAGGACGUUCCAGAGAACGAUCGGCAAACGAGACGCCCUUCCGCUGCAACGACGGAGGUGGGCUUGGAAUCCGCUGCCAUUGAAACGGCCAUGGGGCGGCACCAAGUAGCCCCGGGAGUACUGGAGGGGAAGCUUGUCACGCUACAGGUUGCCGGGGGGUCUGUGGACACCGCGAUGAUCGCCGCCACGGACAAUGUUGUGGCAGCUCGAUCAUCCGAAGGAGCGUGA